UAAACAAUAGAGAAUUCAUCUGACAUUAAUUUCAAGAAAUGGUGACUGAUAACACCGGGAGCUAGCUAGGUGACACUAUAAUGGCGAACGUUAUUUCUCUUCCCUUGUGCUUCAUCUGUUUCCUAUUCUGUCUAGUGGUUUCUGUCCAGUGCGGCAGAGUUAAAGGUUUGGAUUCGCCGGCCGAUCAUCAUCAUCAAAGACAACUCAGCUAUUCUUCGUCGGAGCCGCCGUACUUUCCGGUGUACACUGGGCGUCAAGAUGGACUCAAGGAGAGCAACCGGAUUCAGAGGCUGCCGGGACAGCCCACCGGAGCAGAUUUCGACCAAUACGCCGGGCAUGUUACGGUGGACGAAGCCGCCGGACGAGCCUUGUUCUAUUACUUUGUCGAGUCACCUCAAGAACCUUCUUCUAAACCCCUUGUUUUGUGGCUUAAUGGUGGACCGGCUUAUUCUUCCGUUGGUGGUGGCGCUUUCAUGGAACUGGGGCCAUUUAGACCGGCAAGAGAUGGUAUAAAUCUUAACAGGAAUCCAUUCGCAUGGAACACAGAGGCAAAUAUAAUAUUUCUUGAAAGUCCGGCUGGGGUUGGAUUUUCAUACUCGAACACGACGGCCGACUAUGACCGCACCGGAGACAACAGCACCGCAUUUGAUAACUAUGCGUUUCUAGUAAACUGGCUGGAGAGAUUUCCAGAGUACAAAACCAGGGAUUUCUUCCUCACCGGAGAAAGCUACGCCGGCCACUAUAUACCGGAGCUUGCUCGUCUCAUACUGCACAACAACCAGUUCCCAAACCUGCCCAGAAUCAAUCUGAAAGGCAUUCUUGUGGGGAAUCCAUAUUUGGACUAUGAAACUCGAAUGAAAGGGAUGAUGGAGUAUUACUGGAGUCACGGCCUGAUUUCUGAUGAUCUGUAUAACGACAUUUUAUCGACUUGUGAUUUCUCCAGUCCCGACAGUGCGUCCGACAAAUGCCAGGAUUUGGUGGACAACCAAACCGGCAGGGAAAUGGGGAAUGUGUAUUUGUAUGAUAUCUACGCGCCGUUAUGUCAUUCUGACUCUCCCUCGUUUCAUAUUUCAGGAUUUGAUCCCUGCACUGAAGACUACAUCCAUGCCUACCUCAACAAUCUUCAAGUCCAGACUGCCCUUCAUGCAAAUAUUACCGCCACUCCCCAUCCAUGGAAUAAACGAAAUGACAGACUAAAUAGCGAUUGGAAAAUGCCGGCGACUGUAUUGCCCAUUGUGAAAGAAUUGAUGCAAAGUGGUAUCCGUUUCUGGAUAUAUAGUGGAGAUACGGAUAGUAUAAUGCCAUUGUCGGACACUAGACGUUCCAUAAAGAAACUCGAGCCAUCGGUUAAAACUUCCUGGUACCCAUGGUAUCUCCGAGGAGAGGUGGGUGGAUAUGCAGUGGAGUAUGAGAACUUGACAUUAGUAACAGUAAGAGGAUCUGGGCAUUUUGUUCCUAGUUACCAGCCAGCUCGUGCACUUGUACUCUUCACCUCAUUCAUCAAUGGACAACUCCCACCCCGACACCUAAACACAGUGCAACCACCCGACAUGAAUCUCCUCCGAUCCUCUCAGGACAACAACAGAAGAACAAAACAUCGGACUAAAACAAUAUAAACUCCAUGGUCAGAGGAUUAUAUAUAUUGCAAGAAACAGCAAAUUAAGUGCACAGGAAGUACAACGAAAUCAGCCUAUUAUUAUAAAUAAAUCAAGAUUGUUGUAACAAUUCUGAGUUUACCAAUGUUAAUGGAAUGAAUGGCCUUCAGUUGAAUAAUUCAAA